CUGGAGCUCAACUGCUCAGAACUGGGCUCCAGCUGCCCUCGCUUGCCCCGGCAAUGAUUUACUAGCCGGGGGGGCCGCUCCCAGCCUCCGCCCUGCGGACCUUGGAGCCGGGGCCUGGUUACGCCGUGGCUCCUCUCUACCAAAAAUGUUUUCUCUGGGGUCCUGGCUGCCGGCGUUGCCCGGGCUGGCGUGGGGCUGGGCGCUGCUGGAUACGCUCCUGCAAGGGUUGGUGGGUGCCUGCGCCGUCUCGGUGCUCUGCAGCCUCCUGAAGGUUUAUCUCUACAUCCAGUGCCUGAACCGGGAGAGACAGGCGGAGAAUGAGGCGAUCCGGGCGCAGUGGUGGGUGCGGGAGCCGCUGCACGUGGUGGUGCUGACGGGCGUGCUGGCGCUGGUGGGCUCCCGCGUGGCCGCGCUGGUGGUGCUGGAGUUCUCCCUGCGCGCCAUCUCCACCGUCCUCUCCCUCGGCAAG